AUUACUUUUAAAUUUUAGGAAAAAUCAAGAUGGAGAACAUGGGAGAAGAAGAAGGCAAAAAUAAAUACCUGCUAGGAGGGGGAGAGAAAAGAAGAAGAAAAGAAGAAAGAAACGAAGAAAAGAAGAAAAGAAGAAGAGAAAGCACGAAUACUUACCAUCUAGGAGGGGGGGAGAAAGGAGAGUGGACACCUGCUGAAGCUUCAGACUGGUUUGCUAAGCAAUAUCUUCCAGAUCUUAGCGCAGUCAGUGUCAAAUUUCCGGAAGAAUGGUUGUAUAGUGGUUGUUCUAUCCAAACCCCUGAUUUACCUCCUGCUCAGUUAGCUAAACAAAUGUAUGAAACUGUGGAAUUGGGAGAGAAGGGCAAAGUUGACAGCUUCAUGGGGAAUAAAAAAGGUGACAUUGCUGAAAAUGAAAUGUAUAAGUACUUGAGAAGAAUUCCUGAAACAUCAAGAACAGCUCUCUUUGUUAACUAUGACGUCAGCAUGUUCCAAAGGUUUACAGGUAAACCUCAUCAGGAUCAAGAAUUCGAUAUAGUCUUAGUCUUUGGUGAGCUAAGAAAAUGGCUUACAAUUGAAGUUAAAGCUGGACAAAA